AUGGACAUAAAAUCAUUAUAUACUGUUAUCCCCAACAAAAGUGGCCUUGAAGCGUUAGCCUAUUUCCUAAACAAGCGUCCAGUUCUCGACCCACCUACAAGCACACUCACCCGUCUUGCUGAACUUGUGCUGACCCUCAAUGCCUUUACCUUGAACGGAGAUUUUUACCAGCAAAUCGGAGGGGUCGCCAUGGGCAGUAAGAUGGGCCCAAACUAUGCAUGUCUUUUUGUUGGAUACGUUGAGGACCAGAUAGCAAGCCAGUACCACGGCCUUGUACCUCAACUACACAAGAGUUACAUCGAUGAUGUCAUCAGAGUCGAUGUUGUAGCCGCGUGGACCUGGAAAACUAAAUUCGCUUCGUAUCCAACUUUCAUCCUGCUCUUCAAUUUACACACACAAUCUCUGACACCAAACUCUCUUCCCUCGAUAUCACGUUACGCAUUACUGAUGAUCACAUCAGCACUACCAUUUACUACAAGGACACUGACACCCACACUUAUCUUCAUCAUCAGUCCUCACAUCCCAGCCAUUGCAAAAAAGGUCUUCCUCGCAGUCAACUCUUGCGACUUCGCCGUCUGUGUUCUGAAGACUCAGAUUUUCUGGAAAAGGGCGGUGAAAUGA